AUGAGCUCCAAGAAAACUCCGGUUGGGUUUAGGGUUUUGGGGCAGCGCUCGCUUCCUUGUUCAUUCUCUUGUCGCAAUAAAAUCCCUGCCAAGGUCGCAGAAGAUAAUGAGGGCUCGCUCGAGAGGCUCAACCACAAUUCUGCAACACCCAAGACAGUAAAGGUGAAGUCGCAGCCAUUUUCAUCAUUAUUGGGUCUGAAAGUUCCAAAUGGGUCCAGUGAUGAACAAAUUGAGGCCAAGAAAGGAGGGGUAGCAGAGCAGAUUUCUGUAGCAUUGGCAUUUGAAAACUUUAAGCAUACCGACAUAGGAAAAGGGCAGUCUAUAGUUUCACUAAGUGCUGGUGAAGUAGAGUGUUCUGACCAAGAUGACUUACAAGAAUUAAGAAAAAGGAGAAACCCUUGUGAAGAUGGGGAUGACAAACACACUGUGAGAAAGUAUUUUGCAGUUCUUGGAGGUGAUCCAAAACACAAACUGAAAAAGAGAAGGGCCGAGAGUCUCAUAAGCCCAGUGAAACCAGGACAUGUUUAUGAUCACUAUGAAAAUGGUUGUGGGUGGUGGGACGGUAAUAUGGAGGGUAUUGACAAUGAAGAAGUUGGUGUCAAUGAGGUGUGGGAAGGAGUAGGCUCAACCACAUUGGGAGGAAUAGAGUGGCAUUGA